UUAAGAAUGGACAGCGGCACAGCACGUAGAGAAAGAAAGAAGAAGAAAAAAUCUGUUUUGGUACUAUAGUAAAAGUUGAAGUUGGGGAAGUAUAAAGUGAAGUGUGGUGUUAUUGGGUUCAUGAAAUUGAAAUCUGAAACUGAACAUCAGCCUCCGCAGCAGUAUAUAUGGAUUCACUGCUUCUUCGAUCUUUCCCUAAUAUUAAUAACGCCUCUUCUCUCACCACCACUGGUGCAAAUUUCUCCAGGACUAAAUCUUUCGCCAACAUUUACCAUGCAAGUUCUUAUGUGCCAAAUGCUUCAUGGCACAAUAGGAAAAUCCAAAAAGAAUAUAAUUUUUUGAGGUUUCGGUGGCCAAGUUUGAACCAUCAUUACAAAGGCAUUGAGGGAGCGUGUACAUGUAAAAAAUGUAAUAUAAAAUUUGUUGUGAAAGCGACCUCUGAAAAAUCUCUUGAGUCUGAACCUCAAGCUUUUGAUCCAAAAAGCAUUUUGGACUCUGUCAAGAAUUCCUUGGAUGCUUUCUACAGGUUUUCCAGGCCUCACACAGUUAUUGGCACAGCAUUAAGCAUAAUUUCUGUGUCUCUUCUUGCUGUUGAGAAAAUAUCAGAUAUAUCUCCAUUAUUUUUUACUGGUGUGUUGGAGGCUGUGGUUGCUGCCCUGUUUAUGAAUAUUUAUAUUGUUGGUUUGAAUCAAUUGUCUGAUGUUGAAAUAGACAAGAUAAACAAGCCGUAUCUUCCAUUAGCAUCUGGGGAAUAUUCCUUUGAAACUGGUGUCACUAUUGUUGCAUCUUUUUCAAUUCUGAGUUUUUGGCUUGGCUGGGUUGUAGGUUCAUGGCCAUUAUUUUGGGCCCUUUUUGUAAGCUUUGUGCUAGGAACUGCUUAUUCAAUCAAUGUGCCUCUGUUGAGAUGGAAGAGGUUUGCAGUGCUUGCAGCGAUGUGCAUUCUAGCUGUUCGGGCAGUAAUAGUUCAACUUGCAUUUUUCCUUCACAUGCAGACUCAUGUGUACAAGAGGCCACCUGUCUUUUCAAGACCAUUGAUUUUUGCUACUGCAUUCAUGAGCUUCUUCUCUGUAGUUAUAGCACUGUUUAAGGAUAUACCUGACAUUGAAGGAGAUAAAGUAUUUGGCAUCCAAUCUUUUUCAGUGCGUUUAGGUCAGAAGCCGGUGUUCUGGACUUGUGUUACCCUUCUUGAAAUAGCUUAUGGAGUCGCCCUCCUGGUGGGAGCUGCAUCUCCUUGUCUUUGGAGCAAAAUUUUCACGGGUCUGGGACACGCUGUGCUGGCUUCAAUUCUCUGGUUUCAUGCCAAAUCUGUAGAUUUGAAAAGCAAAGCUUCGAUAACAUCCUUCUAUAUGUUUAUUUGGAAGCUAUUUUAUGCAGAAUACUUACUCAUUCCUUUUGUUAGAUGAGGAUGCAUCUGCAUUAUUGACUUGAAAAUUAGUUUUGUUUAAAUGGUGCUGCCUUUGUCAAAGGCAGGCGUUGAGUCGCUACGUUAGUUUUAAGUUUUUAAUUGCUAAUUUAAAUGAAGAAUUAUUUCUUUUGGGAUGAAAUUUUGUUUACUGCUUUGUUUUCAGUGGUU